UAUAAAAUGAGCGGAGGCCUUCUAUUCAUCCUCACACCAACCAGCCUUCAGCUUAACAACUCCUUCUCCUCAUCACAGUCACCUGGUCCAUCUCCUCCUCCUCCAGCUAUACAGCUCUCAUCCAAUAUGGCGGCUCUGUGGCUCCAAUCUGUCUCUCUUGCGGUCUUGCUGGUCGUAUCAUGGCCGGGCUCCCAGGCUGUUGUGCCCGCACAGCGUCUGUGUGGCUCUCACCUGAUCAACGCCCUUUACCUGGUUUGUGGAGACAUGGGCUUCUUCUACAACGACAAGAGAGAUGUCGACUCUCUGAUGGGUUUCCUCCCACCUAAAGCAGGUGGAGCUGCAGCGGCGGGCGGUGCGAACGAGGUGGCAGAGUUCGCCUUCAAGGACCAGAUGGAGAUGAUGGGGAAGCGAAGCCGAUGGGAGCACUGCUGCCACACACCCUGCACCCUCUCCGACCUGCAGAUGUACUGCAAGUGAACGGUGCUUAGCCUCACUCUUAGCAUAGCCUAGCUUAGCAUCGCUUAGCUUCUUGGCUAACUCAGCCUGAACCCCGCCAUUCCCCUCUUCACCCAGAAGAGCGGCAGCGCUGUCCUCUUUCUGUAAAACCAACCGCUUUCUAAUGAAGUGCUUAGAAAUGGAUGAAAUUAUUUUUCCUAGAAAAUAAAGUUUAGUGAACUGAGAGAAAUCAGGUGUUUGUUUUUGAUGUGGUAACUUUUAUUUACUACUUUCUGUCAUGACUUCAAUCAACCGACUAAAGUCUGAAUGAGGGCAUGCUGGGUGAUUCAUGAACCACAAUUAAAGGUGUGACCACACACAGCUUAAGGUCAAAUAGUGAUGAAAACCCAAACAAA